AAAGCUGGCCGCCUUCACUCCGUCUUUCCGAGCUCUAAGUGAGUCCAGCUGAGGCAGAAGUUGAGGUUUAGAGCUUCAGAGGGUCAGACAGGCAGUAGCAUGUCCCGAAUCUCCUCCACCAUCUCCUCCUACCGGAGGCGCUUCGGCGAUGACCGGAGCCGCGUGCUCUCCUCCUCGCUGCGGUCGCGCACGUCCUCCGCCCCGGUGCUGCACGCGAUCUCUAGCGCGAGGGCGCGCGCGUCCACCCUGUCCCUGUCCGCGCCGGCGCCGGACUUCUCUCUGAGCGACGCCGUGAACGCGGAGUUCCGCGCGAACCGCACGAACGAGCGCGCGCAGCUGCAGUCCCUGAACGAGCGCUUCGCGAGCUACAUCGAGAAGGUGCGCACGGCAGAGCAGCGGAACCGCGCGCUGAGCGCAGAGCUCGAGCAUCUGCGCCGCGGACAGGGGGCCUCGCGCGCCGCGGAGAUCUACGAUGAGGAGCUGCGCGCGCUGCGCAGGCAGGUGGAUGAGCUGACCGGAGAGAAGGCGCGCGCCGAGGUGGCCAGAGAUAAUCUAAUACAGGACAUCGAGAGGCUCCGAGAGAAGCUUCAGGAGGAGAUUCUACAAAGAGAAGAGGCUGAGAACAGCAUGCAGUGCUUCAGACAGGAUGUGGAUAAUGCAGCACUUGCCCGGGUGGACCUGGAGCGGAAAGUGGACUCUCUGCAGGAUGAGAUUACCUUUUUGAAGAAGCUUCAUGAGGAGGAAAUGACAGAAGUCCAAGCUCAAAUCCAGCAGCAGCAUGCACAGGUGGAUCUAGACAUGGCCAAGCCUGACCUGACUGCUGCUCUCAGGGACGUCCGGCAGCAGUAUGAGAGCCUGGCCACCAAGAACAUACAGGAGUCUGAGGAGUGGUACAAGUCUAAGUUUGCUGAUUUGACCGAAGUUGCCAACAGGAAUAAUGAUGCUCUACGUGCAGCCAAGCAGGAGGCCAAUGAGUACCGCCGGCAGGUGCAGGCUCUCACCUGUGACGUGGAUGCCCUCAAGGGGACAAAUGAGUCUCUGGAGCGUCAGAUGAAAGAGUUGGAGGAGAACUUUGCCAUGGAGUCCUCAGGUUACCAGGACACCAUCAGCCGUCUGGAGGAAGACAUCCACAGCAUGAAGGAUGAGAUGGCCCGCCACCUGCGGGAGUACCAGGAUCUGCUCAAUGUCAAAAUGGCCCUAGACAUUGAGAUUGCCACCUACAGGAAGCUGCUGGAAGGGGAGGAGAGCAGAAUCUCAACCCCUUUGCCAAACUUUUCCACCCUCAAUUUGAGAGAAACCAUGCUGGAGUCCAGACCUAUGAUUGAAAGCACAACAACCAAGAAGGUGCUCAUCAAGACCAUUGAGACCAGAGAUGGCCAGGUGAUUAAUGAGUCUACCCAGAACCAUGAAGAUCUAGAGUGACCAGAAACUGGCCCCGCUGGACCUCACACCUCGGUCUGACUCGCCCAGCAACACAUAAUACAAAGAGCACCACUCACGCUCCCUAUAGACGCAAAGAAACAGCUGCUACCCCUUCGAUGCGCAUAAAUGACUGCUUUCCAGUGCCUUUUCUGCCAGAUUAAGGACUUAGAUCCACUGUCUAGGUGUUGAAGUUACAGUAAUAGCAAUAGCGGCCCUCUGAUAAGAGCCAUUUCAGUAUUUACUUAAAUAGAUCAGACUGGAACUGCUUUAACAAGCUUUUAUAAGCCAACAGAACGUUGUCAGUAAAUACUUGCACCAAUAAAGUCUGUGGAGGAUGGAGA